AUGGACCGCUUCGUAUCCUCGCCGCUGAUGAUGGAAGCCAUCGCCAUCCGAUCUGCUCUCCACUUCGCUCUGGAAAACGGCUUCUCCCACAUUCGCCUCAACUCAGACGCUCAGGAUCUUAUCCGAGCUUUGGUUUCGCAAGAGUAUAUCAAGGAGAUCUACGGUCUUCUGUUCGAUAUCCAUGCUCUAGCUUUCUGUUUCUCUUCGAUUUCGUUCAAUUUCGUUCCUAGAUCGGUAAAUUUCUUAUCGGAUUCAAUUGCUAAAUCAGCUUUGAGUCGUUUAAGUUCCCUUUUAUCCCUGUGGGACCCACAAUUGUAG